AUGAUGUUGACUCCGAGAAUCAUAAGGAAUGAAGUUCACUUUAGUGAAAGAAGUCAAUUCACCUUAUCGGUUUUUGGCCGUCCCAGCCGUCCUUCUGGAAAGACAAGUGUGCAUUGGUUGCCUGAAAAAGAAAUGCAAUAUGCUCAUGUUCAUGUGUUGAUUAACUGCGUUGAAGUUAAACCAUAUCUUGAGACAUUUAAUACCUAUUAUUUUCAAAGCACGGGUGAACAACCAUCGACGGGUUACACACAUGCCUAUUUUCUUGAAUGGUUCAAGCAACAAUUACAUUGCAUUGUUGCACCAAUUCCUGGAAUAAUUCAUUUGAGAAGUUUAUUUGAAAGCCCUCAUCAGCGUGCAAAUGAAUGGCACACGUACUUUGUAAACAAAUAUAAAUUUCACACUCAAACAUGGACAGAAGGGAAGAAAAUAGUAAACAGUGGUGUAGUUGUAAAAGGAGUUACAGAGAGUGGUGAGGACGACUUCUAUGGUGUUAUCACACAUAUUUAUGAGUUAGUAUAUAAUUAUGUGGACUCAGAAAAUAAAUUUGUCCUAUUUUAUUGUGAUUGGUAUGAUCCAUCUUCCAGAGGAACUAAAAUAGAUUAA